GUUAACGUUUAGAUGCCAGGAAACUCGUAUCUUUAACUCAAUCUUUGCAGCAUUUUCAUAUUCUUAAUGCAACUUUAAGAUUAAGUUUCAUUCUUUUAAAAAUAGCCAUUAUGAGUGACAAUAUAGAGUCUAAAAUGCUUCAGAAGGUGACACAAUGACGUCAAAUGUAAGAACCAAGAUGGCGACAUCAGUCCUCCAACCAGAGUCGCGACGCGAACACGAACCGAAGGCGGAAAUAGCCGAGUCCCCCCGACUGACCGACGACGAGCGCAUGGCGAUCCUCGAAGCGAAAGAGAGGGAGACAGGCGACCUGCCAGCGGAACUGAGGGAGAGAGCUAGAUUGGAGCUGAGAGAAGAACCGGCGAUUAGGGAGCAUGCUUUAGCUCAGAUGAGGCAUUUUAUUGAGAAACAUCCGGCCAUCAAGAAAUCUAGGACAGAUGCACCAUUCCUCCUUCGAUUCCUCCGCACAAAGAAGUACUCCGUCCCCCAAGCCUGCGCCAUGCUGGAACGGUAUCUCACGCUGCGCCAGGUCCAUCCCCACUGGUUCCAGAAGUUAGACCCACUAGACCCUAAAAUUGCGGCUGUCAUUGACGCCGGGUAUCUCGUUCCGCUGCCGAAAAGAGACUCUGAGGGCAGACGAGUCGUAUUAUCAUGCAUGGGUCGCUUCGACCCCCACGUAUACGACAGCUGCGUCAUGGCGCGCGUCCACUCCAUGAUAGUGGAGAUGCUGCUGGACGAGCCCCGGAGCCAACUCCUCGGCUACACGCACGUGAACGACGAGGCCGGCAUGCAGAUGCCGCACGUUAGUCUAUGGUCCUUCAACGAUGUGCGGACCAUGCUCAACUGUAUCCAGAAUUCAACACCAAUGCGCCACAAGUGUACUCAUUUCGUCAACGUACCUCACUACGGAGCCAAGUUCUUCGAAUUCGCCGUAUCACUGCUCAGUGAUAAAUUAAAGGACCGGGUUAUGUUUCACCGCAACACCCAAGACCUGAACAAGCACGUAGAUCCCGCUAUUUUACCCAAAGAAUAUGGCGGCACGGUUCCUCUGCGCGACAUGAUAGAAGAGUUGAAACGCAAACUUCUUAAACACAGGGAAGAACUACUUGCAUUGGACGAAAUGUGUGUCGACGUAAACGCUCUCGAGAAGAAUGAUAUAACUCAAGAUGUUCAUUCUACAGCUGGGUCAUUCAGAAAACUCGAAUUGGAUUAGGAUAUCUUAUAUAGGUCGUGUUUUUAGCACUAGAAAAAAGAUAAACAAUCAUGAUGUGUCUAUUAAUUGAAAAACAAUUGUUUUAAAUAUAAGUCACGGCAAAUAUGUAACAAUUAUGAAUCUAAUACAAUGAUUUAUACAUAUUCUUCUACUUUCGUAAGUAACAGGUACUGAUUUUUAAAAAGCGUUAUUCAAUUAAAAGACGUGUCAAGAUCGCUUACCUUCUUUCUAAUGCUAAAAACACGAACUAUAGUCUCUAGAAUUUCGGCUUAGUUUUUAUUUCAUUAAAUUAUAAUUUGUGACGUUCUACUCUAUUGUUGUUGUGGAUUUAAUUUUUAAGUAUGUUAUAGUAACAUGAGCUGGCAAAUAAUUCUAAGCUUUCCAAUAGUUUUACAGACUCCAUAUUUUAUACAUAGAUCUCAAUGGCUUCCCCUUCUAAUUAAGGAACGGGUUAUAUGCAAUUAUUUCAGAUUUAAAUAAGUUUUACUAAAGUCUAUUUUUUAUUCGGUAGACUAAAAUUAAAUUUCAUAGCAUGAACAUAAAUAACAUUUCAUACUAUGAAAUGUCAUUUUAGUCUACCGAAUAAAUAAAUAGACAGUAUUCCACAUUUACUUGUAUCGGUUGUAAAAUCCAUAGCGUCAAUUAUGACGCUAAAAAAACUUAUAUCGACACUUGAUGAAUAUAAUCUGGACAACCGUCAACCAAUUUAUCACUAGAAUAGGCGCUAUAUUUUAAUUUUAUUGGUGUGACCGAAACUUCGUACGUACAACUUUUCAAAUUUGCAGCCUUUUUUUUACUAAUGAAACUGGUUUUCCAGAUUACGGUGAUACUCAAUAUACUCAUAUACUUAUAACAGGAAUAAUUGCGUUAACCCAGUACUAAUUAAGUAACUAUAAUAGUAACCUAGUGGCAGUGGCAGCCGUCGGUGGUGUCACGUUACCAUUCUUACCUUGCUGGGUUUAUAAAUCUCAUAAUAGCUGGUUGAUUAUGUACUUAUGUGACCGAUAGAGUGGAAUUUUUGUAAUUGUAUAGACAACCGAUUGAUAUUUCUCGAGCAUGACAUUCUUGAAUACUUCGGGAUUCUAAUGUAGACCCCAAAUACUUGAAUUUACAGCUGUACUCUAUACUUAAAUGACUUUGUUGAAGUUUUAGUUUAUUUAUGCAUGAUAAGUAAAAUACUGUUAUAUUAAUGCUUAAGAAUUAAAAUGACUUCUUAAU